CGGUAACAAGGUCCAUUUCUGAGACAUUUUAGAUCGGAUGUGUUUUCGUGGCCGGUUUCCCAGUCAUGUAAGCCGCUUAUAGAUCGAGCCCAAUCAAUUUGCAGUCCAACAGUUUUAGUCAGUGGAUAUUUUUUGUGGUAAAGGAUGGUUAGUGAUACCAUUCCAGUGGGUCACGAAUUUUUCUAAUGUUCUUAUUUUCUUGUUAGAUGCCCAUUGAGGAAGUGCUUCGAGCUUUUGCGGAGCAGAACUUUGACGGAAGUAACUAUUACCCAAUCUCCCACGGCCAAACGAAAUCGAUAAAACCUCUUGCUCUUGUGAUUAAGAAACGCAGAUCAGUGUUCAAGCGACCAUUUGCCAAAUCGGAAUUCAUUGUCAUUGCAUCAUUAGACGAUUACGUCGUGAAGGACAAAAGAGAGGAAUUCACUGAGAUCGUGAGUUCAACCCUUUUAAAAGAAGACAACUUAAAAAUAGCGGAAGAUGACGCGGAAGAUGACGGAGCGAAAAGCUCUGUAGACGUUCAGUUGGACGUAGGGAAAUGUGUGAAAGUUAACGUGAAGAUUGCAGAUGCCCUGGGAGCGCUGGAACUAGGCAAACUAGAUCAGGAGUACAUCAAAGACCCCGAUCUUCGUGAACUGCUAGACAAGGCAGCUUUGGAUGUGAAGAGAAUGGAAAGCCUUGAAGACCAGAAACUGCGCCUUAUAUAUUCCGUGAUUUACAGCGAGAAAUUUGUACUGAAGGGCAAACGGGAACACGAGGUUCAAGCGGAUGCUGGCAUCGAGGCUCCUGUCCCUGAGGUUCUUGACUGGCUGGCAAAACAAGUUCAGGUUGGAGCCCACUAUAGUAAGAAGAUCAUUCCUUCAAAAGUGGCAGCGAGACACUCUCGGGGCCCAAUUUUCUUCAAGUUUGUUCGUGUGGAUUACGAUAAAGUUCAAGGGCGGUUAAAACUUUCCAAAGGAGCGUUUGCAGGGCAUGAAGUUAAGUCAGGCGACAGAGAUACAGGAGAAGAGAAAGAAAACACUGAAGAGUACGCUGAAUCUGUGGUCGGCUCAGGGAAAGAAGAGAGUUACUUGGCAGAAUCUUUGACAGAUGAUGAUAUAAAGAAACUUGAGAUUAUCAAGGGUUCAGUGUUGAAGUCUGCGGAGAGCAGGAAAAAACGCAAAGAGAGAGUGAAAAAGUAUCUCAGCUGGUUUGAAGAAGCACUGAUUACAGACAAGAAGAAACUGUCUCUUGUUGAACCUCUUACUAAUGAAGACCGCAAGUUUCUUCAAAGCAUUUUCAGUCCUGUCCUCGACCAAUCCACUGUUAAUCUGUCCAAAUUUGACACGGAAAAGAUUCAAGGAUAUGCAAUAGUUCUUAAACAAAUUGAUGAUUUGUCAGAUGAGCAUUGGGAUGAAAUUGAGAAGGCUUGGGCCUAGCCAGGAGAGAAUGAAUUACUGAAGAAACAAAAGUUCAAGAUGCACUAUGAAUUCAAAACAAAACCACUUAGAAACAAAGGUCUACUUGACAGUAAGCUUUGAACAAUGAUGUGAACAGGUUUACAGAAAAAAAUGGGGCAUGAAUUAGUUGCUAUUUUGUGACAUUUUAAGUACGGUUUGAUUCCAUAGUUAUGUUAGCUUUGUACGAGGCUAUGCAAACAACUUCAUGAGAAGGUAUCGCGAGAACAUUGCGCGUUUUAUAUAGUGCUCUCUUUAACUUGGAUUGAGACAAUUAUUUGGCUUGAUAUUUCGUUAAAUGAAUUCCUACAGGAGAAUAUUUGAAGCACAAGGCAACUUCAAGCGAAGAGCUAACAGUUUGUCUUGCAAUGUUCACAUCAUACGGAUAGUGGGUGUUAACUUGAGGCUUAUUCGAAAUAAAUUUACACAAGGUG